AUGCAAGAAGUGAAAAUGAAUGAAGAAGACUAUAUGCCGAUCUACGGCCCAUUCUUCGGAGUGAUGGGAAGCGCUUCAGCGAUGAUCUUCUCAGCUCUGGGCGCCGCCUACGGGACGGCCAAAUCGGGGACCGGAAUCGCCGCGAUGUCUGUCAUGAGACCCGAACUCAUAAUGAAGUCGAUUAUACCGGUCGUAAUGGCGGAUUGUACUCAACACUACUCUUCCAAAAUGAAUAGCAGUGAAAAGUCUCACGCAAUAGACCGGCAGAGUUUCACUGGGAGUCAAAAGGAACUGCGGGCGUCACACCUUUAA